AAAGUUAUGCUUUAAUUAAAGACAAUUCUCGCGCUUAACUUUUUAAGUGAGCGUAAUAUUUCGAAAUAUCAAGAAAACAACAAUUACAUAUAUAACAGAUUUAUAACAUUUUCUUAUAAAGUAAAAUCUUAACUAUGGAAAAGAGUUAAUCAAAAAAACUUUAUGUGAUGGGAAAAGAGCAUGAAAUACUUCAAGCAGCACAAACUGGAAAUUUAGGAAAAUUAGAGGCAUUAUUAACUCAAAAGUCAAAAGUAUUCGGACUGUUUAAAGGUCCAAACAUCAAUUGGAGAGAUGAUUCUGGGUAUACUGCUCUUCAUUUAGCUGCAUUAAACGGACAAAAGGAUGUUGUAUGUUUUUUGCUUCACAAUGAUGCUUCUGCAAACAUACCUGAUAAUGCUGGAAGUUUUCCUUUACAUCUUGCUGCUUUUAAUGGACAUGAUGAAGUUGCAUCACUACUUAUUACCAGAGGACCUUCAAGAGCCAGUGUAAAUGAACCGAAUUUAGCUGGUGAUACAGCACUACAUGUCGCAUCACAAUAUGGUCAUACUAAAGUUGUUAAAGUUCUUUUAGAGUGCCAUGCUGACUUACAUUUAAGAAAUGCUAAAGAAGAAUCAGCUCUUGACCUUGCAGCAAUGUAUGGUAGAUUUUCUACAGUUCAAUUAAUCUUACUUUAUGACCGUACAGUGUUUUUUGAUGCAAUACAUAAACAUAGUCCUUUGCAUUUCGCUGCCAGAAAUGGACAUGAAAAAAUUGUUGAGUUGCUUCUUUCAAAUGGAAUGCCAGUGAAUGCUACUUGUGAUAUGGGAACAGCUUUGCAUUGUGCUGCAUUGUAUGGGAAAUUUGGAGUUUCGAAAUUACUUUUGCAAAAGGGAAUUGACAUUGAGAUUGAGAAUAACGAGGGUCAAAAAGUUCUUGACUUAUUAUGCGAUCAUCCGUCUCAGAUAUCUCAAGAUAUCACUGCACUCAUUUAUGAACAAACACAAAAUAGACAUGAAAAAGAUAAAAGCAAGGUUUUCACAACAUCAGCUUCAUACAGUGGGCAAAAAUACCUGCUUAUCAACAAUGCUCAAAAAAGUUCAACCACUGAAAAUUCAACCACUAAGCAAAAUGCGUUGGUUCCAAACUAUGAUUUAGUGCCACCUCCAAGACCUGCACCUCCUAAAGUUGAUCGCCCUUACUCUGUUAUUCAUGCUCAAGAAAUAAAAUCUGAUGACAGAUUUUUUCUUAAGCGUAAUUUUGAAAGAGCUUCAAUUUCCCCAAUUUUUAACAAAUCAAUAUCUAUGAAUAAUAUAGAAAAAGAGCGACCAUCAUCUGACUAUUGCUUGUUGGGAAAGAAUCUGACUGAACAAACAAGUUUGAGCCAAUACCAAGUCAAAGCAACUGACAAUGUAAAAUACGAUGAUUCAUGUGAAGAUGUUUAUUGCAAUUUAUCUUCAAAUGAAAAGGAAGCAAUAUUAGUUAAGAGUCAACAAGACAAUCUGGACAAUCAACACACAUUUUACAAAAAUGAGAAUAAGGAGGUAAUAAACAAUAACAUAAAUAAUGAUGCUGACUGUAUUUAUGAUAAUGUUAAUAUUAAAAAUAAACCUAAAAGUUUACCAAACAUUGCAACAACUUUUAAAGAGACACCUGGUUAUAAAGAAACAACUGCAGGUAUAUCAGAUUCAAAAAAUACUCAUCCAACUAAACCUAAACAUAUCAAGCAACAAAGAACUUCAAAUCCAAAAAAAAAUAAUUAUGAUAUUAAUGAUGUAUUUACAGAUGCAAAGUUUGAAGAUUCCACUUUAGCUUAUGAAGAUUUUUCUAUUGAUUGUUCUCCAAAAAAUGACACUAUUGAACAAUAUUCAGAUAUGAAAGACCAGAGGUUAUCAUUUGGCCAACAAUCUAAGGUCAAGCAAUUUCGCACAUCGAAAGCAGAUUCUCUUAAUGAAAUCUAUGAGUGGAAUAAGAUUGACAAAUGUUUUUCCAAUCUUGAGACAUAUAUUGAUAUGAGUGCUAUUGCAGUAAAACCUAUAUCAGAGGUAUCAGUUGAAAGUAUUUUUUCUUGGUUGGCAUCAAUGAGUUUUUCUCAAUAUGAGCCAAUGUUUAUUGCUAAUGGGUUUGAUGAGAUAGAAUUUUUGAAUGGUUGUAUUGACGAACAAGAUUUAUUGGAAAUAGGAAUUCUUGAUUCAAGUCACAGAAAGAUGUUGAUGGAAGCCAUAGGAAACCUUCCAAAAGUGUUAGAAAUUGGUGAUGAAAAAUUUCCUAUUCCUAAGAAUGUUGGUGAGCUGUUAGGGAGAUUGAAACUAUCUGAAUACGAAAGAAAGUUUGUUCGUUAUGGUUAUGAGAAUAUUGACAGAGUCAGGGUGAUUUGGGACAUUGAGCUUCUUACUGUACUGAAUAUGACACCACUCGGUCAUCGUAAAAGAAUUUUGAGCUCUUUGGGUCGUAGGAACAUAUCAAACAAUAAGUCUACCACUUCAUGGGCACAAAAAUUUGCAGAUGCGGGUCUUAAAAAAGAAAAUGUUCUAUUAUUUGGUGAAGAAUCUAAAAUGUCAAAUAUUAAAAAAAAUGACUCUGAUUUACCUGAAGUUAAAAAGAUUAACCUGACUGAUGUUAAAGACAGUCUUCCUGUGGAAUCUAAAAGUAAAAUUACAGGAGAAAGUGAAGUGAAACAAUAUGCUAAAACCUCUGUGGAAUCUAAAAGUGAAACUACAGGAGAAAGUGAAGUAAAACAUCAAAAUGCUCAAACUUCUGAGGAAUCGUCUCAUUUAAACGAAACAAAAAGCAAGCAGGUUAACCAUGUAAGCAGUGAUGAUAAAGAAAAAAAAUUUUGUUCAAAUAAAAAUUGGUUACAUAAUCCUGAUGUGUUGUUAAUGGGAUCUGUUUCAUUCUUAAUUCAUUAUUUGGGUUCCCAUCCUGUUCAGCAUGUAAAAGGUGUAACUUCUACACUUGAAGCUUGUGCUAAAAUGAAAACAAUAAGUCGUAACAUAACCAAAAUGCCUUUAAUCCUUCUCUCUAUAUCUGCAAGAGGAAUUGACUACAUAGACUCGAAUAGUAAAUUAAUUAUUAGCCAGUACGCCAUAAAUCACAUCUCAUUCUGCGCUCAAGAUCCUGAUGACAUGAAUGUGUUUGCUUAUAUCACACGAGAUGAGCAUACAAUGCAGAGUUAUUGCCAUGUGUUUAGAGCUGAAACAACGGAAAUUGCUGAUAAAGUUGUUGUGACAAUUGGUCAAUGUUUUGAGCUAGCUUAUGAACAACAUCUACACAUGCAACAGAUUAAAUGGACGAAUAGUGGAGUAUAAUUUUUUAUAUUUUUUGGAAUAAAAAAGUGAGUUUGUUGAAUUUUGGAAGAUCUAUUUUGAAGUCUUGAUCACCCAUAUCUUGGUCUCAAUUCUUUGCUACAGCUUUGAAGAAGAAACUCAUGUUGUUGAUCAAAUGUUUUGCAAAUACUACAUACAUAUAUACAAUAUCAAAGUAAAUUCUGUACAGUAUUUAAAAAACAAAGUAAAUUCUGUUUAUUUGGAGUUCAGUAUUUAAGUAAAUUUAAACGUAAAUUGACGGCAUAGAUUUACAGGUACAUUGACAAUAUAAAUUUUUACAUAGAAAGUCAAAAUGAAUACGGUGUCGUUUCCUUUUUAUGUUUUAACUGAAAAUAAUUUUAUAUGUAACAUUUUUCAUAUUAAAAACCAGAAGAUGUUUUUGAAACAGUUUAGACAUGACAAAUUUAGUUGAAUUGUCAUAGAAAAAAAAACAAAAGCAAAUAAAAACGCUUUACAUUGCAAAAUUUAAUCUAAAUGCAUUGCAAGACCCGUUAUAUUUUGUCUUUCAAUAUGACAGCCUUUACUAUAGUGACAGGUAAUAUUUUCGACAAUUUUGUUAUAAAUUUUUGUUUGAAAUUAAGGUAACAUUCGAUUAUGUGAAAUCAGGUUCUUUACAUUAUUUGUGAUAUAUUCAGUUUCAUUAGUUAUUAUAAUUGUAAACAAUUUCAUAAAAUGUUUUAAAUUAAAAUAAGAUGCUCCUGUAUCUUAUUAAAUAACUGUAUCUAAUUAAAUAAACUCCUGCGAUUAUUAAAAUUGCGUAUGCGCGUGUUUAUUAAACUCCAUUUCAGAUUAGAACGCAGUGUUUCUGCAAAUUUUAUUUUUAUAAUUGUUUUUUUUUUUUAUAUAUAUUUUUAUUGUUAUUUGGAUACUUUAUUUUGAAACUCUAUUUUUUGAAAUAAAGGUUCGCUUAGUUAUGGAUGUAUAAGAUUUGAUUGCGCUAAGUUUUUUUUUUUUAUUUUAUUAUUUCCAUUUUACUUAUAUUUUCUAUAUAUCUAAAGGGUUUUUUACUUUUUUAAAAAAUUUUCUUAUUAUUUUUUACUUUAAUAUUAUUACUUUGUAAUUGUAGUAUAUAUUUUUUUAUAUUCAUUUUUGUGACAUAUAUUUACCUUUUUUGUAAAAUUAAAAAACUUUCUUAAAUGUAUACUUUUUCUUUCAAUGUUCUCGCCUGAUGUUG